CUCCAUCAGCACCGUGUCGCCUCCUCAACUUACUUCUUGUUCCUCCCGGAGGUUUAAACCGUCGCUAACCGCCGCAAAAGACCAACACAGAGAAGAAAAACUCGAUUAAAAGAAUCAGCUAUGAAGUUGUCUAUAAUUCGUAGUGCUUGUGGCAGUCUCCGGACACACCCAGCCCGUCAAGGAAGCAGAGUCAGCGGCUGGUCGCGGAGAUGCCAGCCGGCGGUUGGUCCUACUACCACCAACGGCCGGUUGAUCCUCCGGACGGUUAGUAGCGCGACUAGCAGCAGCGGUAACCGUCCAAAGUUAGCCGUUAACUCUGGGAAACACCCCCUAAAGAAGGAUGAUAACGGGUUACAAUGCGACAAUUCUUUGAGGGAAGUGAUUCAGAGCACCAAGGAUGCAAUGGUAGCUCUGGAGAGAAGAAAUCCAACAGUCCAACCUUUGUUAGCCAUUAUACAGGCAGGUGAAGAUGACAGCCUGUUGGAGAUCAAUAAGAAAAUGGCAGGAUGGAUUGGCUUGAACAUCACCCAGAUUUGUCUGACAAAGGAGUGCAGUGAAGAUGAAAUUGUAGAAGAGAUAUUGAAGCUGAAUGAAGACCCUCGGGUGCACGGAGUCUUCCUCAACCUCCCCUCUGCUUCCCUCACCAGUCGCGUGUUGAACACACUCAAACCUGAGAAGGAUGUAGAUGGGAUAUCCGAUUUGAAUAUGGGCCGUCUGGUUCGAGGAGACCUGAGCAAAGGCUUUGUGCCACCCAUAGCCAGUGCUGUCCUGGAUCUGCUGGAGAAACACGAUGCUCCUUUGGAAGGGAAAACUGUGCUGCUGGUCGGAGGAGAAGGACCCCUUGGGGUGGCCCUGCAGUGCCUGAUAGAAAGGAGUGGAAUGAUUGUUCUCAAGAGUCAGUGGUGCUCCAAGAGCCUGCAGAGACAGAUGAUGCAGGCUGAUGCUGUGGUCCUGUUAGGAACGGGGAAUAUGGAUGUCCCACCCACCUGGUUUAGACCAGGGGCUGCUGUCAUCCACUGUGAGCCCACCCUGGAGACAGAUGAAGAUGCCAUUGAGACGUCCUCUAAGUCCGGGUUAGGAAAUCUCACAGCAGCUUACAGAACACAGAAUGUGGUGCGUAGUUGCAGUCGGUGGCUCCAGGAGCAGCAGUACCAACCGUGGCAUCUGCGCAGCCUCAAACUGCAGCCCCUGACCCCUGUACCAAGUGACAUAGAGAUUUCUAGAGCUCAGACACCCAAACCAGUGAACCAGCUGGCUGAGGAGAUUGGUUUGCUGCCGGAAGAGCUUGAAGCCUAUGGCAGGAACAAAGCUAAGGUCCAACUCUCCCUGUUAGACCGCCUCCACAAACAGCCUGAUGGGAAAUAUGUACUGGUUGCUGGUAUAACUCCCACUCCACUGGGCGAAGGUAAAAGCACGGUGACCAUCGGCCUGGUCCAGGCCAUGUCUGCCCACCUGAAGCUCAACUCCUUCGCCUGUCUCCGACAGCCUUCCCAGGGACCCACCUUUGGGGUUAAAGGGGGAGCUGCAGGAGGGGGAUAUGCCCAGGUCAUUCCUAUGGAGGAGUUCAACCUCCAUCUGACUGGUGACAUUCACGCCAUCACAGCAGCCAACAACCUGGUGGCAGCAGCCAUCGAUGCCAGGAUGCUCCACGAGGCGACGCAAUCAGACAAGGCCCUGUUCAAUAGACUGGUUCCUUCAGUGAAUGGAGUCAGAAGAUUUUCACCCAUCCAAAUCUCCAGGCUGCGUCGUCUAGGGAUCAAUAAAAUAGAUCCUGCAUCUCUCACAGCCCAGGAAGUCAGCACCUUUGUUCGUCUUGACCUUGACCCGUCCAAGAUCACCUGGCAGAGAGUUCUUGACACAAAUGAUCGUUUCUUGAGGAAGAUCACAGUGGGACAGGCGAGCACCGAAAAAGGACAGAGCAGAGAAACUGGGUUCGACAUUGCAGUGGCCAGCGAGAUCAUGGCCAUCCUGGCUCUGGCCGACAGCCUGGAGGACAUGAAAAACAGACUGGCCCGCAUGGUGGUGGGGACCAGCCGCACCGGACAGCCCGUCACCGCAGAGGACCUGGGUGUGAGUGGAGCACUGGCGGUGUUAAUGAAAGAUGCCAUCAAGCCCACGCUGAUGCAGACCCUCGAGGGUACGCCAGUGUUUGUCCACGCCGGGCCCUUCGCCAACAUCGCCCAUGGCAACUCCUCGGUGCUGGCAGACAAGCUGGCUUUGAAGUUGGUUGGACGGGACGGCUUUGUGGUGACGGAAGCUGGUUUUGGAGCGGACAUCGGGAUGGAGAAGUUCUUCAACAUCAAAUGUCGGGCUUCAGGGCUGAGGCCAGAUGUGGUGGUGCUGGUUGCAACUGUCCGAGCGUUAAAGAUGCACGGCGGUGGCCCAAAUGUGUCGGCAGGCGCACCUCUUCCCAGAGAGUACAUUGAUGAGAAUCUGAGUCUAGUUGCAGGUGGUUGCCAUAGCAAUCUCAGGAAGCAGAUCCAGAUAGCACACCUGUUUGGGGUACCAGUCGUGGUGGCGCUCAAUGUCUUCAAAACAGACACCCAGGCAGAGAUUGACCUUGUGUGUCAGAUAGCAAAAGAGUGCGGAGCAUCUGACGCUGUGCCGUGUCACCACUGGGCACAGGGCGGCCGAGGCUCCGUAGAGAUGGCCCAAGCUGUGAAUGAGGCUGCCAGCAGACCCAGCGACUUCCAGUUCCUGUACGACACGGAGAUGCCGAUAGUGGAGAAGAUCAGAACAAUCGCCCAAAAAGUGUAUGGAGCUGAUGACAUUGAGCUGUCUCCAGAGGCCACGGCCAAGAUAGAUUACUACAAUCAACAGGACUAUGGUUCAUUGCCCAUCUGCAUGGCCAAGACUCACCUGUCCCUGUCCCAUAUGCCUGACAAGAAGGGUGUUCCCACUGGGUUCGUUCUGCCAAUCAGAGAUGUUCGUGCUAGCAUCGGGGCUGGUUUCAUCUACCCAUUGGUGGGAACGAUGAGCACCAUGCCCGGCCUGCCAACCCGACCCUGCUUCUACGACAUUGACCUUGACCCGGUCACAGAGGAGAUCACCGGGCUCUUCUGAGCACGCUGCAAUGAAAGAUAUUCUCUCAGGCUCCCUGCUCUGUUCUCAGGAUCCUCAGCUCCACGCAUGCACCAUCAAAGCUGCAUCUUUGACAGGAAAUGCUUUUCUUACUUCCCAGCAGCCCACACUCUCGCCACAAAUCAUAGUAACAUCCUCUGGAAAAGAAAAGAAAAAGAUCACUGGAGCAUUAGCUUAAUUCUGUAUUUGCAUAUCUGUGCCAAAGAUGACCUUCUACAGCCAUAUAUAUAUCGUAAAUGCUGUAUGUUUUUGCUUUUGGCCUCUCGGUACGAUGUUUUCUAUGAGUAUGGAAGAGUCAGUUUACGUCUUAAAAUCAUGUUGUUGUUUUUUCAUCACCUUCUAAUUUCCUUUUUUUGUGAAACAAAUCACUCAAAUGUCUUAAACGAUGCUGCAUGUUCUGUACAUGUCUUAAGCUGUUUAAUUGAAAUAGGCAGAGCUUGUGUAUUUAUUAACUGAACUGCUGUGGUACGCACAAAAAGCCAUAUGGUGUUUACUUAACCAUUAUCGUCCUAACCUGCAGGAUGCUGCUGAGUAAAAAUCACUACAAGUUACACAAGAUUCAAGUUCAAAGACACUUUUCAGAUAUUGUUCAAGUAUUACACUUUAUGUGUUGAGAAAGCUGGAAAUUGUUUUAGCGGAGGUGAUGCAUCUCAUCAUCGGUUAUAAACAAUAGCCUUUAUGCUGUGUGAAAAUAGCUAUUUUCUCUAUGCUUUAUUUCAUAAAUGUUCACUUUUUUUGUUAUGUUAAUGGAGGUGGUCUUAAUUUCAGUCCUCCACUGGUGAACCUGUUUACAUUUCAUGCUCAGGUUGUGGUUUGCAUCCAGACAGCUGUUACAUUUUUAUUUUAUUAAGUGUAAACUAAAUAAUGUGUAACUAAUACCAAUUUUCUCUGAAAACAAAUUUAGUAUUCUCAUUAAUAACAGGAUGUUAAUCAUUUUGGUUCUCCAGCAUCAAAUGUGUGUGCCUUCAAAUAAACCUUAUAUUUACUCUAAAA